AUGAAGGACUUAGUUCAAUUUUGGCUGGACAAGGGGACCAAUCUUGCGCUCGCCGAGCCGUUUGUUGCACAAUGCGCAAACAGCGUCAGCCAGUUGUUCAUGUCCCACGACGAGCACUGGCACCUGGUCUAUGCGCGACGCUUGCUGCAGAACUCGGCCCAACCGCUCGAUAUCACCGAAUGCUCAGAUCUCGCGAGUUUCUCGACGCAAUUCUUAGAUCAUUGCUCUCGAUGGGAAACUCUCGGGGUCUUCUUUACAGCCGUCAGUCGGGCCACCAUUGACAUCCCGUUCUUCCCUCUUCUCUAUCAUACGGAAGUAGAGCAGUACGCUCUUUCACGACUGGCGACGAAGUUGAGUGAUUUUGCCCUGGAAAUUUCGCUUUCUCUGGAUUGCUUGAAUGACCUGCAGCUCAUUCUGCAAUACGAAAAUUUUAUCCUACACUCCUAUGUGGAUGGCGACCAAAGCUAUCACUCAUGGCGCAAACUGGGGGACGUAAUAUCUUCCAUGUAUGCUUUGGGCUACCACGAAAACCUCGAGGCAAAGUCUGAUAUCUCGCCGUUUCUGGUGACAUUGCGCAAGAGCGCAUUUGCUCGAAUAUACUCGGCUGACAAGAAUAUUGGGAUAUUCCUCGGUCGACCGCCGCGUAUGAACAGGCGUUUUUGUCAUUUCCAGAUCCCCUCAUCCGAGAAAUAUGAGCAUUCUCGUGGUAAAACUGAGGUUUGGAGCCAAGACUCUAAAGCUGGCUAUCGAGCAGACACGAUAUGGUCUGCUCUUUGUGCAUCACUGAAGGAAGAGGUUUGGGAGCUGCUUCAAGAUAAACAGAAUGGCGACUGUGCACGAAAAGCGAGCGCUAUAGAGAAGAGAGCAAUGCAGCAUUGGAAAGAUCUCCCAUUCCAUUUUCGGUUAGAAGGGAGUUUGAAACAGACCGCAUCAAGUCCGUUCGAUCGAGACUUUUUGGCCCAUGUUCGAUUGAACCAUCUCCAUGUUCUCUUCUUGCUGCGUCUUCUAUUAUUGAACACGCUCACGGAGCCAGAUAUUCCUAUUAUAGAAACGGCGGGCCAAAUGCUUGCCUUGGUGGUGGAAUGCAUCCUUCUUCGUGAACAACUAACUAAUUCCGGUACUGGUCUUGUCUGGAAGGUUGCCUACUACGGACUACCCGCUGCUGGGAUCAUCCUCCUUGCCCUCCUGAAACAGCAGACACACGCCACAGCAGGAGUAUCACGCACGAAAAUGCUUCGCGACCUUAGCGUUUUUGUCGCCGAGGUGCAGAUCGGCACGAUCGUUCGAACCGGGGACCCUAAUUAUGCACUGCUCUCCAAGGCCACGCAAACCAUUCAGCGAUUCCUGGAUUCUUUUAAUUCCGAUGCAGUGCAGCCCCUGAUCGAUGCAGGACAUGAUGAGGGUGGUGACGACUGGGCUGCACUUUUAAGGCAGGAUUUAUGGGAUUUCGAGGCUGGAUUUUGGCAGAGCCUGGCAGACCACCCGUCUCUUUUAGCGUUGGAUCCCCAACUGCCGAAUGUAUAG